AGUCGGCGAGUGCGCCCAGUGGACGACCGAUGACGGACAUGCGCUUAUCGUAAGGUCGUCUUAUCGCCGGCGGCCGGACCAAUCUCGGCCACUUGGGUGCGCGGCGUUAGAUUGACUGCCGAGGGCGGGCGCGCGGGUCGCGUGUGCUCAGCGGACUACCACAGGGCCGCCGCAUUCCAACCCGAGCGCUGCGGGCCGCUGCCGCCACCGAAUUGGAGCUGCCGGCUGUCAGAGGUUCACUGACCCGCCUGUGUGCCUGAAUGGGAGCAGCCCCCUACCCGCCACCGUGCUGUAGCUCAGCCAACCCGCGGCCUCCUCCACGUUGGGACGCACCUGAGGUGUAAGGACCUCCGGCGGCGCAGGAACUUGCGCCUCUGGCAGCCGGAAAAAAUACGCACUGUGGCCAGUAUGCGGGUGGCCGCCGCGCUGGCCCUGCUGUGGACCACGAUGUGCGGGACGACGCUCGGCGCGUCGCGAGAGCGCGAGCAGGCAUCAGCGCUGCGCGAACGACUGGAGCGCCAGGCCUGGUCCCGGUGCAGCAGCAGCGCGGGCUCGGCGGCUCGGGCGCCCGCGGGCCUCAUGAGUCCUGCGGUGGUCGAGACCCCCCCAGGGGUCGUUUCUGGCGGCGAACGCCAGACGCGCCAGGCCGAUCCCGCGCCGGAAGCGGGUAAUCGGGCCGCCUACCUGGUGUCGGCCACGGGCACUCUGACGGCCGAAAGCACCGACGCAGGCCGCCUUCCCUGGCGACACUUCAGCGUGGCUGUGUGGGUGCGGCCCGAAGGUGGACAGCCUCAAGAAGCGGUCAUCCUGGAGGCCCGCGACGUGUGCUCCCCGCUGAGCGGCAAGCGCUGGUCGCUACAGAUCGACGGCGACGGCCGCGACGGCGAGCGAAGCGGGCGCUUCGCGCUGCACCUGCAGGCGGCCCGCUCGCAGGAGACGUCGGUGCUGCGAAGCCCGGUGCCGUACUCGCCGGGACGAUGGCACCACGUGGCUGUGUCCUUCGAUGGGGCGCACACGCGGUUAUUCGUCAAUGGCGCCCAGGUGGCCGUGAGCAGCAAACAGAAAGGCAGCAUGUUCCUGAAGUCGGGAUCAUCAUGUCGCAGUCUGUCGCUGGGCGGGACCCGUAGCCGCCACUAUCGGGGUCUAGUGGACCGGCUACGCAUCUGGGGCCGUGGCCUUAAUCAGGCACAGGUGCAUCGCGACCUUUGGCAACCAGAGGAUGUGCAGGGUGCCCUAAUUGUGGACCACUUCGAGUUUCUGGACCAGUGGGAGUGGACCACCGGCGCGGCACACUUGGUGCAGACGCCUACGCCAGGACGCCUCGAGGGCAUCCAGCUACAGCCCGCUCCUUGCGGGUUCACCGUAUGCGACGACCCUGACAUGGUUCUUAGCUAUCAGCGCCACUGGAGCCUCAGGUCCCCCAAGAGACUCAGGUACAGGAUUGUCAACGUCAAGAACUCGGACGGAUCCAAUCCAACCGUAACUGAAGAACAGAUUCAGAGGCAGCAUGCAGCUCUGAACAGAGCUUUCGAGCCGUACAACAUAACUUGGGAACUAACACAGGCGUCAGUGCUGAACAGCUCCUUACGACGAAGGCAGGUAACCCUAGGGUGCCCAUCUUACAAUCUGGGCGAUGGCAUCUGCAACCCAGAUUGUCAACUUGUGGCCGGCGACGGGGGUGACUGCGACCCGCCCUUGGAGUCAUGUGACCCCACCAUGGUAGGCGAUGGCAUUUGCCACAAGGCGUGCAAUCAAGCUGUCAACAGCUGGGACGGUGGAGACUGCUGCCUCUCGAGCGAGAACAACGGAAACUGCUUGGACCCGGCAUCGCCGAACCGAUCUUACAUCGACGUGAAAGAGUACAAAGAAUUACUUGGCCUGAACAACACCAUGCAUAUAAACGUUCUGUUUGCUCACUGGACAGACAAAGAUAUUAUUGGCAUUGCUACUUUUCCUUGGGACAAGGAUGUGUUUGCAGUUCUAGGUGGCGUCGUGGUGCAGCCAGAGCAGUUCGGACGCCCUGGCAGCUUGCACACGCUGGUGCACGAGCUGGGACACGUGCUGGGCUUGUGGCACGUACACCGCGGCGUGUCCGAAGUGGAGUGCCACGACCCGUGCCUCGAGGUCCACGCCUCGCUGCUCACCGGAGACCUGUGCGCCGACACGCGGCCCACGCCUCAGAACUACGUGUGCCAGGACCCGCCAGCCACUGCUGCGCGUUGCGCGCUUCCUCGCUUCACGGAUACCCCGUUCCACAACUACAUGGGUUACGCCGACGACACAUGCACGAACAUGUUCAGCGCCCAGCAGGCGGCGCGCAUGCACUGCUUCGCGGACCUGAUGUACGGCGCCUGGCAGCGGACAGACCAGGCGUUCCGGCCAGGUCAGCCGCCCCUGGCACCUGCACCCGUGGCCGUCGACCGCCGUAGUGUCACCCUGUCCUGGGUCCCACCGGCAGCCAGUGCGCAGAGAGGCGAGUGCGCAGCGUGCGACGACAACCGCUCCCUGGCGCAGUUCGCAUCGCGGACUACCGACAGUGCCGGCCCAAGGGAUUCCUGGGAGGCUCAGCAAGCCACCGGACCCCCGGAUGCCGAAGCGUGCACACUGAGCUACAACGCAUGGCUACCAGCCGCCGAGUCAUGCGACGAACCACGCGACUGCACGCUCAGCCUAGAGUUCGAGCACAAGGUCGUGCCGUCGGCGCUCUCCGUCUGGCUUCCCUGGAACUCACGGCGGGGGCUUCGAGAACUCGUUCUCUUCUACUCCGACGGUUCCCAAGACGUCAUAAAGGGCGUGACAGCGUACUGCGAUAUGCCCUUCACCAUGCCCUUGCACACGGACAAAGAACUUGUAAAGAUUCACGCAGUCGCCGCCAGUCCAAUGGUUGCGGUGGAUGCAGUGCAGGUGACGUCGGCGGCGAACCACGCAUCGUGUGCGACGUGCAAGCCGCUUCGUUAUCGGGUUUUCCGUAAGCCGCCUUUCUCUUCAGCGGACUCCAAGCUAUCCGAUGGCCUUCGUUUCACGGACACGUGCGUACGCCACACUUUUCAUCAAUUUCGCUUUUUGGCGAUUGCAGAGUCAUACGCGUCAUUCGUCGACCCGGUGUCACCUGUGCUCGAAGCACUAGUAGCGAGAGCAGAGCCAGACUGCAAGUCCGCUGGCUUCAGUGUAGAGAAGAUCCGCUGUCCCUCCAUACCAAGACAUAUUGACACACUUGCCAGCGCUGCCGGUCAUGAGGUUGUGCGCUUGCCUCCUUACCACUGCGAGCUCAAUCCAAUAGAGCGUGUGUGGAGCCAGGUCAAAGGCUAUGUUGCUUCGAAGAACACUGACUUCAAGAUCGAUUCAGUCGAGAAGCUGCUGCUGGAAGGAAUCGCAGGUGUGACCCUGCAGAACUGGUUCCGAGACUGCACUCAUUUGAUAAGGCUUGAGGAUGAGGCAUGGGAGCGGGACGGCAUUAUAGACAGCCAAAGAGAAAGUCUCAUAAUUUCUUUGGGCACAGAUUCGAGUACUUCUGAUGAGCCGAGCAGCUCUGACAUGAGCGGAAUUGAUGAACUGCCAUGA